AUGGAAAAUAAAUACACCGUCACUGAAAUGAAAAAGAAAAAGGACUCAUUAAUGGCGUCCUUUAGAGCCUGUUUAAAUAAGGACAUUUUGACCGAAAAAGAUGGCAACAAUGAUGAAGAAAAGACUAUUGCUGGUGUUAACACGGAAACUGAGAGACCUGCACAGGAUAAUAUUGAAAAUGACGCUUUGGUAUUGCCGUCGAUUAAAAAGUUUACGUUUAAAGCUCCUGCACGAAAAAAGUGUAAAGUAGCUGAAGCUCAAGAAAUUAAAGAUAAAAUGGACAAUGCUUAUUCAUUAUUACAAGAUAUAACUAUCAAAUCUCCCAAAGAACGAAAUAUUUGUACAAUAUAUGGGGAACUAGUAGCUGCAAAACUACAAGAAAUGGAUGAACAGACUAGAGAAAUUUGUAUGAAUAGAAUAGAAAACUGUUUGAAAUGA